CGCGCGAACAAGCUGCCCCCCAUCUACGCCUGUAACGCUUCUCAGCCCGCUCUACAUCCACCACCGCCCCUCGAAACACUGUCCAUCGUGAUCGCCAGACUUUUGCGACGAUACUGGUACCAAUAUCGGCCAACAUGUUUGACCCUGUCGUCACAUCCCUUCCCUGAGCGACACCUCGACAUAGUCUGAGCAGGAAACUGGCGACAAGAUGGCCAACCUGACUCGUGUCAACGCACCACAGAGCUUCGUGAGCAGCUUCGCCCCACGCAUCCGCACAUAUGGCAACUCGCUGCUUACACCGGUUCAACCGCAAAACGUGCUCCCACCCGUGAGAACGACGAAGCGUGGGACGACGGCGAUCAAUUACGCGGAAGAGUUCGAGGAUGACAGCAUUGAAGACUCCGACAACCCGCGACGACCUCUUGGUCUACGCACGCAACCGAGGCGCGAAGCGGAAGGCCAUGCGGAGAAGGCCGGGCAGAAAGAAUUGGGCAAGGAGACGCAUGCGCCGGUGGAUGUGCAGGGCAUAUGGCGGGAGUGGAUGGGCAAGCCGAAGCGGGCUUUGACGGAGCGGCAGAUGCACACCCAGUCUGCGCUGCCCACUACGCUUGUACCUAUCCGUAUUGACCUGGAUAUCGCACCUUUCCGGCCAGAAGCUGCGCUGCCCACCCCCCACAAUGCGAAGGACUUUGGUAUAGACGAGAACUUGCCAGCAUACAAGGCACCCGAACCUACGCCACAGUUUCGUCUGACGGACAGUUUCUUGUGGAAUCUGCACGAAGCGCUAAUGACGCCGGAUCAGUUCGCCAAGACUUUCGUGGACGAGCUUGACUUUCCGGUGCAGAGGAAGCAAGCCAUGAUCAUCGAGAUUGCCAAUUCCAUACGACAGCAGCUGGAAGAGCAUGCGGCGACGGCGCUACAUCCGCUCUUCCAGCCUAGCUUUGUCAACCCUGCGCCACCGACGACGAACGCGCCAACACCGUCUGCUCAACCGUUUAUUUCCCGGCCUGAUUCAGCAGAGCCCGCCCAGGUAGAGACGCCGAAUGGAGGCUUACUUCAACCACCUCAAGCGAACGGUGUCGGUAUGUCAGGCAUAUCCACACCUAGGGUAAACGGUGCCGCUACACCGGCGCUAGCUGUACGGGCUGAAGCUUUACCACGAGAGCAGUCGUCCUCAUCCGUGUUGAGUCCACCAGACACACAUCGUUGUGUGCUUACGAUCUCCAUCAACAUGCAAAACCAGCUCUUCACAGACAAGUUCGAAUGGUCACUACUCCACCCCCCUGGCUUCCCAGAAAUCUUUGCUAAACAAACCUGCGCCGAUCUCGGCCUAUCCGGCGAAUGGGUACCAAGCAUGGCCCACGCCAUCUACGAAGCCAGCCUUCGCCUGAAGAAAGACAUGAUCGACAACGGCGGAAGCUUAGCAGGAGUAGUCGGCAGCGGUGUCGACGGCUGGGGCACCAUCGACAACGAAGCCUGCGCUGUUCAUGGCACUGCGGAACCCGCGCAUGGCGUAGGAGCCGGUUGGCGCUUUGACGAAGACAGUUUAGGACUCGAUUGGGAGCCGAAGAUUGAGGUGCUUAGUAAGGAGGAGAUUGAGAAACGGGAAGGCGAUCGCGAGAGGCAGCUACGAAGAGCGAGAAGAGAGACGGCGCGGUUUACGACUAACUACACGCUCCAGACGCAGAGUAGCGGGGUCAAUGAUUACUUCGCCGGCGGGCUGGGCUCGCAGCAGCAGGCGAAUAGUGGUGCGGGCGAGGAUGAGCGGAUGGGUCGUGGUGAGCGGUCGAAGAAGAAGCGGCGGUUCCGGAGUUUGUCGCCAGUCGGACGCGAUACUCCGGAGGUAGCGGGGUUUGGAGGGACGUCCGGGCAGCUUACGGAGGGGGAGAGGCAGUAUUGGCGGUGUAGUCAUUGUCAGAUUUGGGGCCAGGCUGUUUGGGGGGUGAGAGAUGGGCCGAAUGGAGCGAGGACACUCUGCAACAACUGCGGCCUCCUCUACGAACGCUCCCGCCGUCUGCCCCCAUGGAACCGCAACCUCUUCGCCACCGAGAAAAACCAAGGGACCCGCGAAGCCGCCCUCCCCACCCCCGCCGCCGCCAGCAGCCGACAACUCACUCACCUGCACUCCGACCUCUCCUCCUUCCCCUCCCACACCGCAACCCCUCCGCCUCCAUCAGCCCCCCGCCUCUCCCACCACCCAUCCGCAUCAUCCGCAGCAAUAGUACCAGACAUUAACCCCUCGUCCCACCUCUACACCGGCGCCUCCGGCGGCCAAGGCCAAAUCUCCGCCUCCACCAUGGCGGAUAUCGUCAAUUACGCCGAGCCGGGGGAGGACCUGGAUUGGACCAAAAUCACUGAACCGAGGGAGCGGAAGCGGUUGCAGAAUAUCAUUAAUGGACGCAAGUAUCGCGAGCGCAGGUUGCAUGCCGAGGGGCAUGGGGGCAGUGGCGGGAAUUAUCCGGGGGCGAAGGGGGUGGGGAGUUUUUUGAGUGUGGGGUAUGGACAGCGGUUGGGCGGGGGAAGGGUUGGAGGUGGAAGUGAGCAGCAGACGGCGACGGCGGCGGUCCGUUAGGGAUGCCUGCCUGCUUCGUCAAGGCUGACAGUGGGGGGAAGAGUGUUGGGGAGGGGGCAUACGUUGUGAUUGUUUGUUUAGCGCGGCGAUAAGGGGAUUAAGCAUUUGCUGUGGGUUUAGAUUAUUGAGGUUAUGGCUGCUGGUUCUUGACGGGUGGUAGACGUGUGUAUUGUACAGACUUGGACCAAUGUGCCGAGUAGCGGUGCGGACAGGAGUUCAAUCCCAAACAGAAACGCCGCACUAGCACUGCAACGCAAGAAUACAUCUUCGCAACUGCAUCGCAAACCCGCUAAACGCUAAGCACAGCAUCGCAUGCAACACCCCCC